AUGAAGGAGCUCACCGUCUUGAAGCCGGGGGAGUUGGAUAAAUGGAAGGAGGUGUGGGCGGAGGUCAAGUUCUUGCCGACUGGGAUGUGGACGGUGAUGUGGGCAAGAGGCUUGUGCCAUCCGAGAGCACGGUAUCGUGGGUACGCGAGUUCGGGUGAUGCGCUUCAUGACGUGCUCUGGCCGGCGAUCUGGUUCCCCAUCAUCGAGGACACGAAGGAAGGCAAGGAAGAGACGGACGCUCUCAUGUCGGCGAUGGUAAAUCGCGUGUCGAUGUGUGCAGCGUAUGGGAAGGUCACGGCGAGCGCGGCGUUUGGGAAGGUCGAUGCGAGCAUGGAGGGGAAGGCGGACGAGAAGACGGAGAUGGGGGCCCAGGCGUUAGCGGCAUCGGCAUGCGCCAUCUGGUGCUUCUUGGAGACGGGGGCGUCGGUGCUCGGUGCUGUGGGCGAAGGGAAGGCGGCGGCGAUGGUGGCAGGUGCGGGGGAGGCGAGGGCCGAGGACUUCAAGGAGGUGAUGCACGCGGUGAUCGACAUAGCACGCAGUAGGCAGGCUCCCGCGGGGGAGGUUGCACAUAACGUCGCGCCAUCACUGCAGAGCCAGGCAGUGGCCAGGGCCUUCGCGAAGGGAGUUGAGGAAGUCGAGGCCGACAUGAUCGCAAGAGCGACGGUCGAGACCUUGGCGUUCUGGGGAAUGUGCCCCGUCGCCGGGCCCAAGCUCAAAGCGCAGGGCAUCAAUGUGCCGUGUGACGCGAGGAUGGAGUACGAUAUGGAUCACAGGGGGAGGAAGGGAGAGAAGGUCAAGCAGAGCAAGGGCAGCAGCAAGAGGAAGAAGGGCAAGCAGGGCAAGGGCAGUACGGAUGCGUAG